CAGGAAAUGAUUGUGAUUCGUGUAACUGACUGUGAUUCAUGUAACUCAAUUCCGUAAGGCUGGGCCAUCCCUAAUCAGGUAGAUAUAGGCACCAUAACAUUCGAAUUCAACGGUCCGCCCAUUGCUACACCAUGGCAAUAGUCAAAACUUGGUGGUGAUGGGUUGUGCGUAUGCUAAUGUGAGACGCACCGACUAAAACCGACAGACGUAAUGCCCGCGAAGACGGAGAACCAUGAAGAUGCGUGAGCACCACGGAUGAUAGAAAUCUGAGCGAUAAUCAUAAGAAUAUGGGGCAUCGAUGUCUCCGGCGCCAAUAAAAUCGACACCUCAUCUACUUGUCUCCACUUUUCCACCUUCCACCAUGAGCCCAAAACAUCAUAUCGUCGCCAUAAUCGCGCCCGCCUGGGGACACGCCGCGCCGUACACGUAUCUCGCCGCACGCAUGUUAGAGGCCGAUCCAGACCUCGUCAUCACCAUCGUCCAGCACGAGCUCAUCGGGGCGUCUUUCUCCACACCGCGAACUUCUCCCCCUAAUCCCUGCCAGUGGCCAAGCUGGACGCGGAGAUGUCGUCCUAUUCGCACGAUGCCGGUCGAUUGCGCAUCAUGGGUGUCGGCGAUAAAAGUUUGACGUUUUCACCCGCGACAGGCCACAUUGCGCUCGAACACCUCUUGACCGGCUGGCUCGCUGUGCUGCCCUCGUUCGCACAGGGAAGCGACGACUGGCCCGUCCCGCACGCCGUCCACCUCGAUUUCGCCUGUGGGGGUUUUGUGAUCGAGCAAACGAAGCUCGCGAUCCCUGGUAUCAAAUCGCUCGUCUGGUUCUGCACCGGGGUUACGUCCGCACUGUGCCAUUUCACCGAGUACGAUUUCGCGAAGAUCGCCGACGACAUCUUUGCGGACGAGGAGAAGAGGAAGGGGCGGAGCAGGGACGAGAUCCUUCACGCGGUAGCCUUUGCGUGGAACGGCUCAGACGCCCUGUCGAAGAUGAUCGUCCGGCAUCCCGGUCUCGCGGAUAUGUACGAUUACGAGCGCGUGGGGCACGCAGCGGGCGCGCCGCCGGUCCUCGGUGCAGUGCUCACGGGGGCACAAAUGUUGGCGAAACACAGCGACGGAUUCAUCUGCGCCGCUACGAAGCACAUCGAACCCGUCGGUGUGCCUUACGUGACGGAGUUCUACCGUAUGCAGGGCAAGAAGUUGUUCUCAGUCGGGCUCUCGGUGCACGAGAAGUUUUGGGAGGAGGAUGAGGAGGAGCGGCUGAAAGAAGGAGAGCUGAAGACUUUCAUGGACAAGGCUUUGGCGGAGCAUGGCGAGAAAUCCGUGCUGUAUAUCUCCUUCGGAUCGAUCUUCUUCCCGGUCGCGACCCCGCACCUCAUCGAGACCCUCGUCGAGACUCUCCUUACCCUCGAGCAGCCGUUCCCCUUCGUGUUCGUUCUCGGCUCGCAGCUGGCCUCCCUACCAGCACCCCUGAUCGAGCGCAUCAACUCCAGCGGACGCGGGCUCGCAUGCUCCUAUUGGGUCGACCAGCGCGCGGUCUUGAAGCACAAGGCAACGGGGUGGUUCUUGACGCACGGCGGCUACAAUUCGAUUGGCGAAGCGAUCUCGCAAGCUGUGCCUCUGAUAAUGUGGCCCUGCGGUGCCGAGCAGCCCCUCAACGCGUCUCUGCUCUCCAGCGGUCCCGCCGCGAUCACGUUCGAGUUGCUGCAGGUCCGAGCUGGCCCGCAAAUCGGCCCCUCGCUGCGGUUCCCGGGCGUGGAAAUCACGGGGACGACUGAAGCGGCUGGUGCAGAGCUCGCCGGUGUCUUUGCCAAGGCCAGGGGCGAGGAGGGGAAGAGGCUCCGUGCGAACAUCGAAGAACUCAGGGGCAAGAUCCUGGCGGGCAGGACAGAGGAAGAUCGAGAGCAAAUCAAGGCUCUGGCGGCGUUCUGAUGCUUUUAGAUGCCCGAGGGAAACGCCGUAUCUUAUCUUAUCAGCUAACUUCGAGAGAUGAUUUGUCACUCCCACGGUUGAGAAUCUCGCAUCGAGAAUCGGCGGUGUGAAACGAGUCCUGGGGCGCAGCCGACAUAGUUUUCUCGAUGGUGAAAUAUAUUUGUAUUUUUGAUGCGA